GUAAAGCAAUCUUUUGCGACAUUUCUGGUCUCGAAAAGUGAACGGAUACGAAAUUUCGACAUUUCCAGCAUCGUAGAGACCCGCGGGCUCGCGGCCUCGCGCGAUUGGCCGGUCGGCAGCACGAUUUGUGCCAAUGAGCGGCGAGCGCGCUUUUUUCGCCGCCGCCGCCGGGAAGCCGCGCACCCGGUCGACCGUCACACGCCACUUCGUCGGUUGCUCUCGUAGCGUUCGCACAGGUUUUUUGUCCGCAGUAAUUUCUUUCUCGCAGCAGUCAUGGCUGAGGAGACGAGCACAGCCGCAGCAGCGCCGGCCGCGUCGUCGGCACCCCAGAGCCCCAAGAAGAAGGCGGCGCGCGGAGCCGGCAAACCCCGCACCACGGCCAGCCACCCCAAGGUGUCGGCCAUGGUGAACGCGUCCAUCGGCGAGCUGAAGGAGCGCGGAGGGUCGUCGCUGCAGGCCAUCAAGAAGCACAUGGCGGCCACCUACAAGGUGGACGUGGAGAAGCUGUCGCCGUUUAUCCGCAAGUACCUCAAGUCGGCCGUCACCUCGGGCGCGCUGGUCCAGACCAAGGGCAAGGGCGCCAGCGGUUCGUUCAAGCUGGCUGCGGGCGCCGCUGCGGGCGAGAAGAAAAAGGCCAAGGCUGCAGGAGUCGUCAAGAAAGCCGCCAAGAAGCCCGCCAAGAAGACUCCCAAGAAGUCCCCCAAAAAGGCUCCCAAGAAGGUGGCGGUCAAGAAGGCCAAGCCAGCAAAGAAGCCCAAGGCCGAGAAGAAGGCGUCGCUGCCCAAGAAACCCAAGAAGCCGGCGGCCAAGAAGGCGGCCACCCCAAAGAAGGCAGCCAAGAAGUAAAGCUCGUCCUCCACGAGUCGGCCCCACGGGCACACACAAACGGCCCUCGUCAGGGCCACCCGAAACGGCUGUUUCGGCGGAACCGUUUACCGCGGU